GGACCGCCUGUCAUGGCUGCCCCCGUGCUGCGGCCCUGAGUGCCCCGAGCUCGCCACAGUCGCCGAGGCCGCGCCGCCGCCGCCGCCGCUAUGGGUACCGUGCACGCCCGGAGUUUGGAGCCUCUUCCAAUGGCUGGGCCAGAUUUUGGUGCCUUGGGAGAGGAAACUGAGCUGGUUGAAGUUGAACCUGAGACCAAGCAGGAAAUUCUUGAAAACAAAGAUGUGGUGGUUCAGCAUGUGCACUUUGAUGGACUUGGAAGGACCAAAGAUGACAUCAUCAUGUAUGAAAUCUCUGAUGUUUUCAAAGCAAAAAAUCUCAUUGAUGUGAUGAGAAAAUCACAUGAAGCUCGUGAGAGGUUGCUUCGUCUAGGAAUCUUUAGGCAGGUGGACGUUCUGAUUGAUACCUGCCAAGGAGAUGAUGCCCUUCCAAAUGGUUUAGAUGUGACCUUUGAGGUAACAGAAUUGAGAAGGUUAACUGGGAGCUAUAACACUAUGGUUGGCAACAAUGAAGGCAGCAUGGUGCUUGGGCUCAAGUUCCCAAACCUCUUUGGACGUGCAGAAAAGGUGACCUUCCAGUUCUCCUAUGGAACAAAGGAAACUUCAUAUGGCCUGUCCUUCUUCAAACCACGGCCUGGAAACUUUGAAAGAAAUUUUUCAGUUAAUGUAUACAAAGUAACUGGACAGUUCCCUUGGAGCUCUCUUCGAGAAACCGACAGAGGAGUAUCAACAGAAUUUAAUUUUCCUGUCUGGAAGACCAAUCACACACUGAAGUGGGAAGGUGUGUGGAGAGAGCUUGGUUGCCUUGCUAGAACAGCAUCCUUUUCUGUUCGAGAGGAAAGUGGACACUCUCUAAAAUCUUCUCUCUCUCAUGCCAUGGUAAUUGAUUCCCGGAACUCCUCAAUCUUGCCAAAACGAGGUGCUUUGCUGAAAAUUAAUCAGGAGUUGGCUGGCUAUACAGGUGGAGAUGUGAGCUUUCUAAAAGAGGAUUUUGAGUUUCAGUUGAAUAAGCAACUUCUCUGGGAUUCGGUUAUUUCUACAUCAGUCUGGGGCGGAAUGCUGGUACCUAUUGGAGACAAGCCAUCCAGUAUAGCUGAUAGGUUUUACCUUGGUGGACCAACAAGUGUGCGUGGAUUCAGUAUGUACAGCAUUGGACCCCAGAGUGAAGGUGAUUAUUUGGGAGGAGAAGCCUACUGGGCUGGAGGGGUGCAUCUCUACACCCCUCUCCCUUUCCGUCCUGGCCGUGGAGGGUUUGGAGAUCUUUUCCGAACACAUUUUUUCCUUAAUGCUGGAAAUCUCUGCAAUCUCAACUAUGGUGACGGUCCUAGGGCGCACUUGCAGAGGCUGGCAGAGUGCAUCCGCUGGUCCUAUGGCGCCGGAAUAGUGCUGCGCCUGGGAAACAUCGCCAGGCUGGAGCUCAACUACUGCUUCCCCAUGGGAGUACAGGCUGGAGACAGGAUAUGUGAUGGUGUUCAGUUUGGAGCAGGAAUAAGAUUUCUAUAAUACAGAAAUAUUUUACAUCGCUAAAUGAAGUUGUGCUCUAGAGAUGAAAUCAAGACUAUUACAUACUUCAAAAUGGUCUUUUUUCCUUGAAAUGCAGAUACACAGCUGAGUGAUUUACCUCUUGGACUCCACAAGAAACUGCAUUAAAUAAUUAUGCUCCAAAGGUUCAUUGUAUCUCUGAUUCUUAUCAAAGAUGUAAGUGUCUGUAGGAGUCUUAUCUUACAGCUUUUAGUUGUUGGUUUUUACUUCAAGUAUUAGAGUUUUGUCAGAUAUUGGCUCUUGGAUAUGGUUCGUAUCAUUAGAGUUUUAUUGGUCUGCACAGCCUUCCCUGUUACAACCACAAGUCCUUGAAAAAGCUGUUACAUGUCAAAAAUGGUGCCAUUCUAAUGGUUCUAAAUGAAUCAAAAUGGUCUGAUUUGAAUAUAUUUCACUAUUGUAAAUCACCUCUGUUUAAAUGCCUCCUACAAUCUGAAUUGCAUACUGUAAAAAUUCAAGUCAUGUCUAGCAUAGUAAAUACUAAAAUUAUAAUUUUGAAAGGUUUAGGGCUCUGAACUUUGACUGUUUUAAUGCUCUCAGCAAAGCUGUUGAUUUAUGUCUUGCAAAAGCAGCUUUUUGUAGCAGUUGCAAAAAGUGACUCCAGAAUGUGUGGAACUACCUGGUUUUUCUUUGUGUCUCUCUCCUGACUUGUUGAGAUGGUAAUUUCACUUCAAAGUUAUCUCUGGCUUUGUCACUUGAGUUAUAUUCCAGUUUAUAAAGAUGAACUUAUUCAUUAUUUUGGUCCUAACAUCUUUGGAGGUAAUGACAUACUGAUUAUUUUUAUAGGUAUCAAUCCUGUGUGGUCAUGCUGAGAUAGUCUGAACUUGGAGUUCACUUUCCCUGUAUCUACAUUCACAUUUUUUUGUUUUUAAGUGUUGGAAAGCUUAAAAUCACAAUACAAAGAAGAUUCUGGGGAAACAGAACAGAAAUACAUGAACUGCUAAACUGUUUUUUUUUGCUUAGCUAAAGACAGCUUUGGACAUGCUGGUGCUCUACUUUGCUGAAUAUGUCAGGACUGCCAUGAAAGCUCAUUCCCAAUCAAGUCAGCACUCAGACCCCUCUCUUUAAAGAGAACACAGUUUUAUACAUUGCUUUAAGCAUUGGUAUGAAUUGCUGUUGGUGUAAUACAGUAACUAAAUCUGGUUUAGUUGAUAAUUCUCUUCAAAUGUGAAGGCUAAAAUCUGGACUGCCUGGAUUUGCAGAGCUCUGUUUGAUUAAACAUCCUUCCCUCCUUAUAAAGUAGCAGCAGUAGGCUUACAGAUGUUCAAAAUGAUGUGAUUGACAGAAGUCAGCUGUUUCAAAUAGCAAAAUUUGGUAUUAAAAAAAAAUUUCAGUGUUUAUCUAACAGAUACUGUAGGAAGUACAUAUUUAACCAAGCAUUUUUGAUGGUUCUUUUAUUGUUAUGAGAUAAAAUAUAAAACUAUGUUAAGAAUGUCAACAAAUGUUAUUAGUUUUUUCCAGCACUAUCAACAUUUUGACAUAUAAAAAUAUUUUUAAUGUGAAUGUUUAGAUACUAAAAUACUGUUAGGGUUUUCUCCUAGGAGCUCAAAACUGUAUUCUGCUGCCUUAAGAGUUCUAUUUUGUGCACGCUGUGUUUUACUCAAGGCUGCUCAAGUGCCAUACUUUAGUAUGACACAAGAGCCCAAGCUCAGCUGGCUGUUUGAGAGGGCUCAGCAGUGUUCUGAGUUGAGCAGGCCUAGGGGAAGAGCCCCAGACUCAGUGUGCACACCACACAGCAGCCAGAGAGAACUGAGCUUCGAGAGAACUCUAAGAAAAUCAAGGGAGGAAUGGAAGAAACUGCUGAAGGCUGAAAGACUUUUUGAGCACAUCUUCUGACAGACCUCACUGUGCCACUUGCCAGGGAAUUAUCCAGUCAGAUAAAGAGAGCAAAAUCAUGUUCCAUGAGGCUCCACCUGGGUCACUGUUUUCCUACUGGCAUUGCACUAAGUUGAAAAGCAACAUUUUCUUACAGCAUACCACAAGUACACAAAAGCUAUCCAGAACAGAAAGUAGUCUGAAUUCCUCUGGAAGAAGCAUCUGUAUUACGUGGUUGGUUCUAUGGAAUAUUGGUAUAAUUAAUAUAUUUCCAUUUGAAUUUUACUGCAGAGGCCCAGAUACUUAAAAUGGAUAAGGUAGAAAUCAGAAUUUCAGUAGAAGCUGCCAUAGUGCUCAUAGGGAGAGCAGCUUUGGACAGAUCUGAAGCCAUCUUCUCGGUGGUUGUGUCUGGUCAGAGUUGAAACGAUAAAAGGAGUAAGGCUGGCAGUCAGAACUGUGAUUCAGAAGCUUGGUGUUUGUUUAAAUGGAGAGUUUUGGUUAUCAGUUUACUGUGGAGUACUGAAGAUGCUCUUGCUUUUCAGGCAUGCCACUGUUAGGGACAGCAAGGGGGCAAAGAGUGCCCCCAAACUGCACACGUGGAAUGUGCUUGUGGCCUCCUGAUUUCAUGUGAGCAGUGCUGAGGCUGUAGGUCCCACCAGGCUCACAGAGUCCCUUCUGCUGUGGUCUUAAUUCACUGUUUGCAGCCCAUUCUGGGGGCUGAGGGAGGCCUGGGGAGGAGAGGACUGUUUUGGGACAAGGUUUGAAGGGUCUCAGUUUUGUGUCAGGGCACUUGCAAGCCUGCAAGGUGGCAGUAGCAUGUCAGAGGUACGGCAAAUAUUUCCGUCAUCACUUCUAAGACCAUGGGUGGUUUCCAGCUGUUCUGCUUGUAUAAAAAUGUUUAAAUUGCUCUUCAUAUUUGGAAGAUCUGAUGUUGUCAGUUGCUGUUAAUGAGUAAGUUUCUAGGGGGCUUAGGUGAAAGUGGAAGAGGAAACUGUGAGGUUGUGAGAAUGUAAGGGGCAGGUUUGCUGCCAUAGUAAGGGCACAACUAUUUGAUUUAUAUAAUAGAAGCUUUACAAAUAAAUUGCAAUGCUGAUCUCAGUAAUACAGAAGUGUGCUUCAACAUAAGCACCUUUGCUCUCACUCUGUGCCUUUUUUCAUACAGGUCUUGCUGCCAGUCUUUGCAGAGGUGUAGCAACUAAAGCUUAGUAUUUCCUACCUACCUUUGCAAAAUACCUGCUGGUUUUGUGAGGCAUCUGUGUAGAAACAAUUGUCCCUGCUCUGCCCUUUAAGGGAAGUGUUCCAAGUCGUUCCCAUGUGUGAUCAAACAGGGAAAAGUGAUGGGAGGUCAGGUUGGCUCUCCCUUCUCUGGGCUGGGUGAGCACUCACAUGAAAAAGUGAAUUUUUGCUGUGGUAUUACAGGGAAAGAAAACACCAUGAGUCCUUUGUGGGACUAUUAAGGAGCUGGUCAGAUGUCUGGAAGGUUAUACUAAAUUCUGUAUGGAAGAGCAUAAGAAAAUAAUCCCAAAAUUACAGAAUUUGAGUGUACAGUACAGUUUGUUCUACUGUUCUUGUCUUGUUUUCAAGAGGGCUGGAGCCUGCAGCCACAACUUCAAUAGGAAUCUUUUCUGGGAGAAUUUUUGCACAGCUUCUCAACCAUGGCAAACUUAUUGAGAUAGUGGAUGCAUGUUUUAUGAGAGCAGUGCUAAAUUGCUGUAAGCUACUGCAAUGCUGUUGGAUGAUUUUACCGUAAUUGGGGUGAGACUUUGUGCUGAGUGUAUCCUGUGCUUUCUUCUCUUGUUAUGCAGAAAAUGCAACCCAGAGCCAAUGUCUGCAUGGAAUAAAUGGUCUUUGUACAAGCUUUUCAGUUUAAUAGAAUACGUAAUAGAAGGCACUCUGAAGCAAAUCAGUGGCAUCAGUUGGGCAGUACAUUCCUACCUCAGUAUUUAAAAAAUAACAUUAUUAAUGCUGCAACACCCCCCCCCCCCCCCGCCAAAGAAAACAACAAAAAAAAACCAACCAAACCCAAACACCAGCAGUCACACCCCCAACACAUUUUCAUUCAUCUGGCAGACCAGGAAGAAAAAUUAACUCUGUCUUGUGUUCUUAAAACUUCUAUCCAAAGUCAGUACAGGUGGUGUUAGAAAAGACUGUAAUGAUUUGCUGGUUUAAGAAGUGAGUAGGUUUGUCUUGUUUCAGUAUCUGAGGAAGAGAGACCACAUAUAUAAUGCCACUGUUACUUUGUGAUACAUCUAAUUACAGUAACCUCAGGUAGUCUAAAAUUUUGAAAGCAGUAUAAAGUGCUAUGAGGUUAUAAUAAAGGAAGAAACACCUCCAUCAAAAAGAAGGUGAGCAAUGUUUAAAUGAGCAAAUGUGGAUUCAGGCUUUUAAGUGUUCAGCUAAAUAUUAAAGUAGGAGUUCAGCGCUGGAAAUAAAAACAGAUUUUAAACAAGGCUUAGUCUUUUCAGUGUAAUUCUCUAAAAUGAUGUGUUUAUGCUCUGGCAGUUUUCUUAAUUAAUAUACACUCAUUAUUGGAAUGAGUAUAUUCCAAUUGGAAUGUAUUAGAAUGAAUAUAUCCUUACAGAAAUGCAUAGGAAUCUCAUCCCUAAUGAGAGGAAGGUACCAGAGAGAAUUUUCUGGCUGCAGGGGGCUGGUAUCUCAUUCAUUAUGGAGGAUUUAAACCAUAUAGCUAGGCAUGCUCUGAGCUGCAGGCCACUGACGUGGUGCAGCAGCAGUUGUCUCCCUGUUAGUGGCCAUUAGCAAGUUAAAUUACUGCACACUAACACUGAUCAAAGCAGCGGUGGAAGCUCUUCAUUUCCUGUUUUGAAGAGCCCUAUUUGUUUGAUGAGUCUUACAAAGGCUCCAGGUUUUCUUUUGGUGUUACUGAAGUGUAAUUUGAUUUUCUGUUACCAUGGGCUCUCUCUUGUCUCAAAUAACCCUGCCUCCUUUUUCUUUGUAAUAGGCUGAAUGUUUUUUUUACUUAGCUACACAUUGAAGCAUUUUAUAAAUAGAUAGGACAUCAAAGUCAAAGGUGAAUGGAUCUAUUUGUGUGGCUUUAUUUCAAUUAUUGAAAGACACUUCCUUUUAAAUGGUUACAUCUUGAGUGCUGUGCUGGAGUUAGUGAAGUUUUAUUUACCAUUUGUUCUGUGUGUGUAAAUUAACCAGUUUGUUUGCUUUCUUGCUCAAAGUUUGUAGUCACACAUCUUCUGAUUGCAAUUUCAUUUUAAAAAAAUCUGGUAGGACAACUGAUCGAUUUUUAUGGGGCUUUUUUCCCCCAGAGGUUGGAUAAAAUGCUUUUUCCACACUGCCUUAAAGCUAAAUGUAAUCUGAGACUUCAGUAUGCACUUUGUGAAAUGAAAAUAUCCACUCUGCUAGUCCUGUUGCAGAUCAACAUUAAUGUGUGGGUUUUGUAUGAAUUCAGGUUAUUGAUGAACUGAAAGUGAAGCUUGCACUUGUAAAA